CGUUCCCAUCAAAGAACUCACACUGGGGAGAUAUAUAAAUGCAUGGAAUGUGGAAAGACCUUCAGUCAGAGUGGUGCCCUGAUUUUACAUAAAAUAACCCACACUGGAGACAAACCAUAUAAAUGCAUGGAAUGUGGAAAGAGCUUUGGUAACAGCACUUCCCUGCGUCUACAUCAAAGAACUCACACGGGGGACAAGCCAUAUAAAUGCAUGGAAUGUGGAAAGAGCUUCAAUCAGAAGGGUAACCUUCGUUCCCAUCAAAGAACUCACACUGGGGAGAUAUAUAAAUGCAUGGAAUGUGGAAAGACCUUCAGUCAGAGUGGUGCCCUGAUUUUACAUCAAAUAACCCACACUGGAGACAAACCAUAUAAAUGCAUGGAAUGUGGAAAGAGCUUUGGUAACAGCAGUUCCCUGCAUCUACAUCAAAGAACUCACACAGGGGAGAAGCCAUAUAAAUGCAUGGAAUGUGGAAAGAACUUCAGUCGCAGCAGUCACCUUAGUUCCCAUCAAAGAACUCACAUCGGGGAGAUAUCAUAUAAAUGCAUGGAAUGUGGAAAGAGCUUCAGUCACAGUGGUGCCCUGAUUUUACAUCAAAUAACCCACACUGGAAACAAACCAUAUAAAUGCAUGGAAUGUGGAAAGAGCUUCAGUCACAGUGGUGCCCUGAUUUUACAUCAAAUAACCCACACUGGAAACAAACCAUAUAAAUGCAUGGAAUGUGGAAAGAGCUUCAGUCACAGUGGUGCCCUGAUUUUACAUCAAAUAACCCACACUGGAAACAAACCAUAUAAAUGCAUGGAAUGUGGAAAGAACUUCAGUCGCAGCAGUCACCUUAGUUCCCAUCAAAGAACUCACAUCGGGGAGAUAUCAUAUAAAUGCAUGGAAUGUGGAAAGAGCUUCAGUCACAGUGGUGCCCUGAUUUUACAUCAAAUAACCCACACUGGAAACAAACCAUAUAAAUGCAUGGAAUGUGGAAAGAGCUUCAGUCGCAGCAGUAACCUGAAUUCACAUCAAAGAACUCACACGGGGGAGAAACCAUAUAAAUGCAUGGAAUGUGGAAGGAGCUUCAAUCUGAACAGUUCCCUCAUUUCCUAUCAAAGAACUCAUACAGGGGAGAAACAAUAUAAAUGCAUGGAAUAUGGAAAGAGUUUCAGUCAUAACCAUAGAGUUAGUUUACAUUAGAGAACUCACAGUGGACUCACUCUGAUGAGAAAUCAUAUAAAUGGAUGCAGUGUAGAAAAGGUCAUUUUUAAAUAGUCUUAUUGAUAAAAAAAUGUAUUUAGAACAAGCAGUUGGGACUUCUUUAUCCUAGAAUGCUGUUUUAUCUUCAGAAUAAGAAGAAACUAUUUCAGCAAUCAGGAAAUUACUGAAAUUAACCAUGAUGUUGAAAAAAAAACAACUUAACUGGAAGUUUAUGUUGCUGCAAUUGAAGAAGAUGGGAGUAGGAACUUUUCUAAAAGGAAUUAAAGCAAUAUAUACUAAAUAAAAGGCCAAAAUCAAAGUCAACAGCCAAAUAACAGAAGAUAUCUAAAUUGAACAAGGCACAAGACAGGUUUGCCCCAUUUCUCCGUUGCCCUUUAUUCUAACAUUAAAGAUUUUGAAUAGACAAAUACAGUAAGAGGAAAUACUGGAAUUAGAGACCUUAGAAUCGGGAGAAGAGUUUAAGCUACAACCAUAUGCUGAUCAUUUAGUAUUUAUAAUAGAAAAUCCCAUGGAUAGUAUGGAAGAAUUAAUUAUUGGGAAAUAUAGAAGAAUCUGGAGCCUUCUUAUAUCUUAAAAUAAACUAUGAAAAUACGAAAUUCUUGACCAAAAACCUGAAUAAAUAAGACUUUGAAAAAUUGAUAAUAACCGUUAGUAUCAAUUUCAACAUUCAGCAAAAGCUAUUUCCAAACCACAUAAUUGUGGUACAUCGGUUACACUGGGUCAACAGUUAGUAGCAUUGUUUACUUAACUUCCUGUUUUCGACUUUGUCUGGAACAUUUCUGCUGACCCAGGCAUCUGUGUCUAAGUUCACAUCCUCUUUCUGUGUUAGUCAAGCAAUAUCCUAAAAUAAUUUUUGCAACAGCAGCUGCGACCAUAAGCAGUUUUGCUUAGCCCUUUGUUAGUCAUAAACCCUUAUUGAUUAUCAGUAAAAUUUGUUCAUUACUGGGCCUCUCCUUUUCCAUAACAACCUCCUUUUCUCAUGAGAACUGCAGAUGUUGUUGACAUUCUUUUAUCGAUGUUAUGACUUCUUGUCUUCGCCUUUGCCUUCGCCUAGCUUGGCCUUGGCUACGCUAUCUACACAAUAACAUUCCUAGCUAACUGUAAAGAAAACAACUUCUCCAAGCUUCUAGAAAAAUGACACAGGCUGAUAUGAUUUCCUUUCUACAUCAUUCCAUGACUACAAAUCCCAUUUAGAAAUUACAUUUUAGCUUCAAUAACCUAGAUCAUGACAGCCUGAUCUCGAAAUUUGCAUGGAAGGCCAAAAAUCAAAGAAUAAAACUUACAACUGCAAGAUUUAAAAGAGAAAGGUGGUUUAGGACUGCUGAAUAGGUAUUAUAUUACAAGGCAUGUGCCAUGGUCUGGAUAAAAGAAUGGAUAACAUUAGGAAAUCAAGAACUGCUGAAAUUGGAAGGCCAUGAUUUAAAAUUGGGUUGGCAUGCAUAUGUGUGGUAUGGAAAAUUCAAAGAACAGACAUAUUGCUCAGAACACAUUGUGAGGAAAGGAUUAAGUCCGGUAUGGCAAAAUUUUCAAAUGGAAACUUAUAAGAAAGUCCCAAUAUGGGUGGCACCAAUAGAGGCAUUUAUAUUGAAAGUACUGAAUCGGAAAGGAGUUUUACUCACAUAUAAAGAUUAAGCUAUGAAAGAUAAACAAGAUCUCGAGAAACUGGGUCUAGCAACAGAUUGGUGCUCAGUGCUGAAACUAGAAUUAAGCUAUAAAAAGGACAAAAACAUGGGCUUUCUGAGGGGA